AUGCAGAAAGACUCAAUAGACAUUGCAAAUUAUCCGAUGUUAUUAGCUACUCAACAGCAACUUUUCGAUUAUGCAGUACGCCUUCGAUUGAAUGAAUCGUUACCAUCGAAUCCGUAUUCUUUAUGUGGUUUUUAUCAAAGAUAUGAUCCGAGAUUUUGCGAAGAACCGAAACCAUCUCAUUCGUACAUUGGACUUAUUGCUAUGGCAAUUUUAAGUUCGCCCGAACGACGACUUGUUCUUGCAGAUAUCUACCAAUGGAUAUUAGAUCAUUAUCCAUAUUUUCGUGCACGCGGUCCCGGUUGGCGAAAUUCAAUUCGACACAAUCUUUCGUUAAACGAUUGUUUUAUCAAAGCCGGCCGUUCAGCGAAUGGAAAAGGUCAUUAUUGGAGUAUUCAUCCAGCAAAUUUAGCGGACUUUAUUAGUGGAGAUUUUCGACGACGGCGAGCCCAACGACGUGUUAGGAAAAGCAUGGGUCUAUCGAUUCCGGAGGAAGAAGACCAUGACGAAGAAGAAAUUCUACCGAUUAAUGAAACAGAGCAUCAUUUGAACACCUCUACAUCAAAGAUUCCCAUGGAAGAUCUUCAUUCUCACGUAACUGAUCUGGCAUUGUCGCCAACAGCAAACAAUCAUAUUGGUCAAUCGAAUCUUUUACAACGUUAUUUUGAUAAUGUACAACCUGUUGCCAUAUCUCGCCUAGAACAACAUCUAUCUCCGUUGAAAACUGGAAAUCAACGAAAACGAUGCUUCGACGUCGAUAGUCUUUUAGCACCCGAAGAGCCAUGUUUAACCAAACGACAAAAAUGCCAUCUAUAUAAACACAACAACAUUCAUAGUUCAUAUUUAAAGUCAGACGGAUACGCUUAA